AUGUCGCAAGACGGUUUGUGGCAGCUGGAGGACCCCGACACCGUGUAUCCCCGUCGCGCGAUGGAGAUCUUCUGGCUUGAUGCCUGCAAGAGUCUCGAGAGUACCAAUGGAGAGGUUCUCGUGGACUACGAUUCUGUUCAUGAUCUCAUCGGAAUAGACUUCCUCAGGGAGAUGGCCUAUCGCCUGGCGGUUGUCCGAAACAAGAGGAUCCAUAUCAUCAAAGAUGAUUCUCUUCGGGUUUACCGUCUUACUGCUGAGGGCCCAACUGAUGGUACCUCUUCCAGCAUGAGUGUCUCUGACGAAACGAUGGACUCAAGCAACGGCAGCCAGAUCACCAUCUUGUCUGGAUCUACUGCUUCUUCUACCGCCUUGUCCUUCUCUUCGCCAAAGAUCCCCCGGCCUCCAAACUGUUUCAUUCUCUAUCGCCAAGCUCACCAUGAGAGGGUCAAGGCUGAAAACCCUGGCAUUACCAACAACGAGAUUUCUCGCCUCUUGGGAACUCGCUGGAAGAAUGAGUCCGAUCAUAUUCGUGCCCGCUACACUGAGCUUGCCGAAAAGCUGAAGCGUAAGCACGCCAUCGCGCAUCCCGACUACCAGUACGCUCCUCGUCGCCCCUCUGAGCGCAAACGCCGUGCAACUCGUGCUCGCAGCCAAAACUCCACCGUCGAGGAUGACUUGUCCACUGAUCAGAUGUCCAAUGGCUACAUGGAUGUGGAUCCUGAGUCGCAGGUGGCUCAAGCCAUGGCUUCAAAUGAAAACCUCGCGAUUCGUUUCGAUCCUUUUGACAUGUCUGUCUUCGACGAGCCUAACAUUGGCAACAUCAACCAGCACCCCCAGCUUCAAGCCGCUGGAUUUGGCGAGAUUGACUACAGUCCCAUUCCUCUUCCCGAGUCCGACCCAAGCUACAUGACUCUCGAUGACGUUGACGAGAUGAUUGCGGCCUACGGCAACUAG